GCGGGCCGCGGGGAGGGAGGCGCGAAGAGGGCGCGAGGGUGGCAGCCGGAGGGAGCCGCCGCCGCCCCUGCCCGCCCGGGUCCCCGUGGAGCGCAUGGGGCGCUUCCAGCCGGGAUCGCUCGCGGGCCCCGCGCCCAGCUUGCUGCUGCCGUGAGUCGCCGUGCCGGGACGCCCCCCAAGACCGCGAGCUGCCGGGAGGAUGACCAUGGCUGGGGGCAGGAAGGGACUGGUGGCCCCGCAAAACACGUUUCUGGAGAAUAUUGUCCGGCGGUCCAAUGAUACUAACUUUGUGUUGGGGAAUGCCCAGAUAGUGGACUGGCCUAUCGUGUACAGCAAUGAUGGAUUUUGCAAGCUGUCUGGCUAUCACAGGGCGGAAGUGAUGCAAAAAAGCAGUACCUGCAGUUUUAUGUAUGGGGAGCUGACUGAUAAAGAUACCAUUGAAAAAGUGCGGCAAACCUUUGAGAACUAUGAGAUGAAUUCCUUUGAAAUUCUGAUGUACAAGAAGAACAGGACACCUGUGUGGUUCUUUGUGAAAAUUGCUCCAAUUCGAAAUGAACAGGAUAAAGUGGUUUUAUUUCUUUGCACUUUCAGUGACAUAACCGCUUUCAAACAGCCGAUUGAAGAUGAUUCAUGUAAAGGCUGGGGGAAGUUCGCUCGGCUGACCAGAGCACUGACGAGCAGCAGGGGUGUCCUGCAGCAGCUGGCUCCCAGUGUGCAGAAAGGCGAGAACGUCCACAAGCACUCCCGUCUGGCUGAGGUUCUACAGCUGGGCUCAGACAUCCUUCCCCAGUACAAGCAAGAGGCGCCAAAGACUCCCCCGCACAUCAUCUUACAUUACUGUGUUUUUAAGACCACGUGGGAUUGGAUCAUCCUGAUCUUAACCUUCUACACAGCCAUCCUGGUUCCUUACAAUGUCUCCUUUAAAACCAGGCAGAACAACGUGGCCUGGCUGGUUGUGGAUAGCAUCGUGGAUGUCAUUUUUUUGGUGGACAUUGUGCUGAAUUUUCAUACCACUUUUGUUGGACCCGCUGGGGAGGUGAUUUCUGACCCCAAACUCAUUCGCAUGAACUACCUGAAGACGUGGUUUGUGAUUGAUCUUCUGUCCUGUUUGCCCUAUGACGUCAUCAACGCUUUUGAGAACGUGGAUGAGGUUAGUGCCUUUAUGGGUGAUCCAGGGAAGAUUGGUUUUGCUGAUCAGAUUCCACCACCCCUGGAGGGGAGAGAGAGUCAGGGCAUCAGCAGCCUGUUCAGCUCUCUGAAAGUUGUCCGGCUGCUCCGUCUGGGACGAGUGGCCCGGAAGCUGGACCACUACAUUGAGUAUGGAGCUGCUGUGCUGGUCCUGCUGGUGUGUGUGUUCGGGCUGGCCGCUCACUGGAUGGCCUGCAUUUGGUACAGCAUCGGGGACUAUGAGAUCUUCGACGAGGACACCAAGACCAUCCGCAACAACAGCUGGCUCUACCAGCUGGCCAUGGACACUGGCACCCCUUACCAGUUUAACGGGUCCGGCUCAGGGAAGUGGGAAGGGGGUCCCAGCAAGAAUUCCGUCUACAUCUCCUCGUUGUAUUUCACCAUGACCAGCCUCACCAGCGUGGGCUUUGGGAACAUCGCCCCAUCCACAGACAUUGAGAAGAUCUUUGCCGUGGCCAUCAUGAUGAUUGGCUCCCUCCUCUAUGCCACCAUCUUUGGGAACGUGACGACCAUUUUCCAACAGAUGUACGCCAACACCAACAGGUACCAUGAGAUGCUGAACAGUGUCCGGGACUUCCUGAAGCUCUACCAGGUGCCCAAGGGGCUGAGCGAGCGAGUCAUGGAUUACAUCGUGUCCACCUGGUCCAUGUCCAGAGGCAUCGACACAGAGAAGGUCCUGCAGAUCUGCCCCAAGGACAUGAGAGCGGACAUCUGCGUGCAUCUGAACCGCAAGGUGUUCAAGGAGCACCCGGCCUUCCGGCUGGCCAGCGACGGCUGCCUGCGGGCGCUGGCCAUGGAGUUCCAGACGGUGCACUGCGCCCCCGGGGACCUCAUCUACCAUGCAGGGGAGAGCGUCGACAGCCUGUGCUUCGUGGUCUCCGGCUCCCUGGAGGUGAUCCAGGAUGACGAGGUGGUGGCCAUUCUAGGGAAAGGAGACGUGUUUGGAGACGUGUUCUGGAAGGAAGCCACCCUUGCCCAGUCCUGUGCCAAUGUGAGGGCCCUGACCUACUGUGACCUGCAUGUGAUCAAGCGGGACGCCCUGCAGAAAGUGCUGGAAUUCUACACGGCCUUCUCCCACUCCUUCUCCCGGAACCUCAUUCUCACCUACAACCUGAGGAAGCGGAUCGUGUUCCGGAAGAUCAGUGACGUGAAACGGGAGGAGGAGGAGCGCAUGAAGCGGAAGAAUGAGGCCCCCCUGAUCUUGCCGCCCGACCACCCCGUCCGGCGGCUCUUCCAGAGGUUCCGCCAGCAGAAGGAGGCCAGGCUGGCCGCAGAGAGGGGCGGCCGGGACUUAGACGACCUGGAUGUGGAGAAGGGCAGCGUCCUCACCGAGCACAGCCACCACGGGCUGGCGAAGGCCAGCGUCGUCACCGUCCGAGAGAGCCCUGCCACGCCCGUGGCCUUCCCGGCGGCCGCCCCGGCGGGCCUGGAUCACGCCCGGCUGCAGGCGCCUGGGGCCGAGGGCCUGGGCCCCAAGGCCGGCGGGGCCGACUGCGCCAAGCGCAAGGGCUGGGCCCGCUUCAAGGAUGCCUGCGGGAAAACCGAGGACUGGAGCAAGGUGUCCAAGGCCGAGUCCAUGGAGACGCUCCCCGAGAGGACGAAGGCCGCCGGCGAGGCCACGCUCAAGAAGACGGACUCGUGCGACAGCGGCAUCACCAAGAGCGACCUGCGUCUGGACAACGUGGGCGAGGCCAGAAGCCCCCAGGACCGGAGCCCCAUCUUGGCGGAGGUCAAGCACUCCUUCUACCCCAUCCCUGAGCAGACGCUGCAGGCCGCCGUCCUGGAGGUGAAGCACGAGCUCAAGGAGGACAUCAAGGCCUUGAGCACCAAGAUGACGAGCAUUGAGAAACAGCUCUCUGAGAUACUCAGGAUAUUAACUUCCAGAAGGUCCUCUCAGUCGCCUCAGGAGCUAUUUGAAAUAUCGAGGCCCCAGUCCCCAGAGUCAGAGAGAGACAUUUUUGGCGCAAGCUGAGAGGUCUGUUGU